AUGUCUUAUGGCACUGUCAUGGUUCAGCCUAUGGUGGACACUUUGCAGCCAACAUUGUACAAGGAUGCAAGGAAGUAUGUGGAAGCCUGUGACAACUGCCAACAGACUGGUAAUAUAUCCAGGAGACAUGAAAUGCCAUUGAACAAUAUACUAGAGGUGGAAAUCUUUGAUGUUUGGGGUAUGGAUUUCAUAGGACCCUUUCCCUCUUCUUACUCCAAUAAGUACAUCCUGGUGGCGGUGGAUUAUGUAUCAAAAUGGGUUGAAGCCAUAGCUACACAAACUAAUGACUCUGGGGUUGUGAUCGCCUUUCUGAAAAAGAAUAUCUUUGUGCAUAAGAUAAGUACCCCGUACCACCCACAGACUUGUGGUGAAGUUGAGAUUUCCAACAGAGAACUUAAACGUAUAUUGGAAAAGACUGUUGGAAAUGCUAGGACUCAAUGGUCUAAGAAACUUGAUGACACUUUAUGGGCUUAUCGUAUAGCAGUCAAGACUCAUAUUGGAAUGUCUCAAUUUCAGUUGUUAUUUGGGAAAGCAUGGCAUCUACCGGUGGGAUUGGAAAACAGAGCAUUAGGGGCUGUUAAGUUUUUAAACUUUGAUUCCAAAGCAGCAAGAGAGAAAAGGCUACUUCAAUUAGAUGAACUGGAUGAAUUUCGUCUUUCUGCAUAUGAAAGUGAAAGCUUAUACAAAGAAAAGACCAAGCUAUGGCAUCACAGGAAAAUCACACCUAGGGAUUUCAAGGUGGGCAACCAAGUUCUGAUGUUAAAUUCCAGGUUGAAGCUAUUCCCAGGAAAGUUAAAGUCCAGAUGGUCUGGACCAUUUGUGGUGAAGGAUAUGAAAUCUUAUGGAGCGGUGGAAAUUAGUUCCUUGGAUUCUGACCGAAGCUUUACUGUCAAUGGUCAGAGGUUGAAGUUAUACAUUGGGAGUGUUGUAGACAGGCAACUUCUUACAGUUGCCUUGAUGGAGAACCAUGUCUUCACCACCCAAGAAGACCGGCAAGAAGAGGGCUAG